UGGUGAUGCAAGUCGGCUCUCUGCUCCGGCAGUUGGAUCCCUCCCAUCUCGCAGCACCUCACAGGUCUCUUCCCCGAGCGAGCGGUGCAUUGCUGGAUCGAGGAGCAGCUCACGAAUCAGCUGCAGGUCCCCGGUUUGAAAAGCAGAGAUACAGAGGCAAAGGGAAAAGGGUGGACUCCUGUGUGACCUGAUCUCAGAGCAGAGACAAGCACCAGCUGAAUUCCAGAAGCCCUGUUCAUGUUUGGGGAGAUUUUUCCGACUGCAUGGAAUCAGAGAGAAGCCAGAGGAUGGGAAAUGCCUGCAUCCCCCUGAAAAGAAUUGCUUAUUGCCUAUGUCUCUUAUCUGCGCUUUUGCUGACUGAGGGGAAGAAACCAGCGAAGCCAAAAUGCCCUGCCGUGUGUACUUGUACCAAAGAUAAUGCUUUAUGUGAGAAUGCCAGAUCCAUUCCACGCACCGUGCCUCCUGAUGUUAUCUCAUUAUCCUUUGUGAGAUCUGGUUUUACUGAAAUCUCAGAAGGGAGUUUUUUAUUCACACCAUCGCUGCAGCUCUUGUUAUUCACAUCCAACUCCUUUGAUGUGAUCAGUGAUGAUGCUUUUAUUGGUCUUCCACAUUUAGAGUAUUUAUUCAUAGAAAACAACAACAUCAAGUCCAUUUCAAGACAUUCUUUCCGGGGACUGAAGUCAUUAAUUCACCUGAGCCUUGCAAACAACAAUCUCCAGACGCUCCCAAAAGAUAUUUUCAAAGGCCUGGAUUCUUUAACAAAUGUGGACCUCAGAGGGAAUUCAUUUAAUUGUGACUGUAAACUGAAGUGGCUGGUGGAAUGGCUAGGCCACACCAAUGCAACUGUCGAAGACAUCUACUGUGAAAGCCCUCCAGAAUACAAGAAGCGCAAAAUCAAUAGUCUCUCCUCCAAAGAUUUUGAUUGUAUCAUUACAGAAUUUGCAAAGUCUCAAGAGCUGCCUUAUCAAUCAUUGUCCAUAGAUACUUUUUCUUAUAUGAACGAUGAGUAUGUAGUCAUUGCUCAGCCUUUUAAUGGAAAAUGCAUUUUCCUUGAGUGGGACCAUGUAGAAAAGACCUUCCGGAAUUAUGACAAUAUUACAGGCACGUCCACUGUAGUAUGCAAGCCUAUAGUCAUUGAAACACAGCUCUAUGUUAUUGUGGCCCAGCUGUUUGGUGGCUCUCACAUCUAUAAGCGAGACGGUUUUGCGAAUAAGUUCAUAAAAAUCCAGGACAUUGAAAUUCUCAAAAUUCGAAAACCCAAUGAUAUUGAAACAUUCAAGAUUGAAAACAACUGGUACUUUGUUGUUGCUGACAGCUCAAAAGCUGGUUUUACUACCAUUUACAAAUGGAAUGGAAAUGGAUUCUACUCCCAUCAAUCCUUACAUGCGUGGUACAGGGACACUGAUGUGGAAUACCUAGAAAUAGCCAGAACACCUCAGGCGCUCAGAACGCCUCACUUAAUCCUGUCCAGUAGUUCCCAGCGUCCAGUAAUUUAUCAGUGGAACAAAGCAACACAAUUAUUCAUUAACCAAACUGACAUCCCUAACAUGGAGGACGUGUAUGCUGUAAAGCACUUCGCAGUGAAAGGUGAUGUGUACAUUUGCUUGACAAGAUUCAUUGGUGAUUCCAAAGUAAUGAAAUGGGGAGGCUCCUCAUUUCAGGAUAUCCAGAGGAUGCCAUCACGAGGAUCUAUGGUGUUCCAGCCUCUUCAGAUAAAUAACUAUCAAUAUGCAAUUCUUGGAAGUGAUUAUUCUUUUACUCAAGUGUAUAACUGGGAUGCAGAGAAAGCCAAAUUUGUGAAAUUUCAGGAAUUAAAUGUUCAGGCACCAAGAUCAUUCACAUAUGUGUCUAUUAAUAAACGCAAUUUUCUUUUUGCUUCCAGUUUUAAGGGAAAUACACAGAUUUACAAACAUGUCAUAGUUGACUUAAGCGCAUGACACACCAGUUCUGUGGCUGCCAUCAGAAACUUUCUACAGUACAUGGUCCGGAUGAACUCAAUGCAUGAUAACUCUUCUUAUCCCACUUGCAAAUGAAUGCCUUUCAAACAUUGAGACUGCUAGAACCAAGCACUACCAGUAUCCCCAUCUUUAACUGUCCAGUCCGGUGGUGUGGGAAGUUACCUUUUAUAAGAGAAAAUUGAAUUGUAUAACUGUUAUUUGCAGUGAAGAUGUGUAAAUAAGCAUUUAAUGGUAUCUGUUACUCCAAAAAGAAAUAUUAAUAUGUACUUUUCCAUUUAUUUAUUCAUGUGUUCAGAAACAACUGCCAAAUAAAAUGUUUACAUUUUCUUUCAUAUCCCAAGGUAAUUACUUAAGGGAGUUUAGGUUUUUUUCUUGGUGAUGGUGUAUUUAGGAAAUAGUUUUAUACCAUAAGGUUCUAUUUGAAUUAAGAGUUUAUGUAUGUUGUGACUGAGUGAAGGUGAAACAUUGAUAUUGAUUACCAUAAUUUAUGAAAAGGUUCAUCCGUUGAUUUUGAACAUUGAAAGGUGUUUCCAAAAGUCAUGGUUUUUAGGAACACUUUGAGGUAAAGUGGUGACAAAUUAAAAGAAGGGUAGAGAAAUUUGCUUAUUACAAGAAGACUAAUUUGGAAUAAAAACUGUAAGACCCAUCCUUUCCUAUUCAAUAGCUGCAGCUACAGCAAUCAUUCAAACAACUUAAAGGAUAAGUUAUAGCCAAGAUUUGGGAUUUUCAAAACCCUCUUUAGGAAUUUUCUAACUGUCUGACUCUAGAAUCAUCUGACAGCUGAUUGAGAUUGUAACCUUAAAGCACUGGCCUCAAAUACACUUGGAAUGAAGGCCUCUUGAUUUGACCAAGGACUUCUAGGCCAAGUUUGAUGUUAUUGACAUGCUGCAGAGUGCCAAGGAGAAUCAUAUUUGAUUUUCUAAAACCCUGCUCCUGGAUCACAAGGGUCAGUAGCAAGUAACACAAUGCCUGUGCACUCUGUGGGCUCUCAGAGGUGCACAUGUGUCUACUGUUAGAAUAAUACACUUUAUGAGGCCCUUUGAUCUUACCAGUCAGUAUGUAUUGAGUACCUAAUAAGAAUAAGGUAUCAUUCCUGUGGUGUUGGGGAGAGAACUGAGAGAGGGUAAGGCACUGUUCUUGCCCUCUGAGUCCUUAGAAGGCUCAUUGGCGGGUUAGGACACAGCAGAGCAAGCAGUAAGUGGCAGGUAUCAUCUGAACAUCCAAUUGUAAGUUUCAGGAGAGCAUCAGAGAUGUCUUCCUGAAAGAAGUGGUCCUUGUUUGAACUUAAGGGAAGAUAGGAGUUUAAAUGGGGAUUACAACAGAGAAAGUAUUCCUGGCACUUGGUUCUGCAUGCUGCCUUUAAGGAAGGGAACAGAGCUUCCUCCAGCUUCCCCAGAGUCUUUGACCAAAUGAUUGUGGGAAGGUGUGGGUAAGGGGACAGCAACACCUCUGCCAGCACUUACCUGGAAAACUUGUGGCAUCAAAGGUACACACCUCAUUAUAGAGUCUUCCAGAAGCAACACCUUAGGGAGUUAUGCACAGGAACCCAACUCCUUUAUACAAUAACAUGGCUAAGAUAUUAACUCUGAUAUCAGGGUUAUGGGGGAGGAGGAUAAGGCUUAACCACUCCUGAUCCUGCACAUAGGGGGAACUGGCCUUUGAUUGCAUUCCUUUUCUCAGUUCCUAUUUUCUGUAAGCAGCCUAUAUGCUGUUGGAGAACACCUGCUUUGUAGAGACAGGGAUCAUGUCCAACCUUGCCGUGUACUGGCUUUGUCCACAGACAAGUUACUUUCACCUCUCUGAGCCUCGGUUUCUUCAUCUGUAAAGGGACAAUAAUGCCUACUCCAAGGACAUGGAAGAAUUAAGGAGCACAUGGCAGAUGGAACUUUUCAAAUAUGGCCUAACUGUAUCUCCCAUCCCACAUGUGCUAUGAGAACCUGGCCCGCAUCCCAUCAGGGAGUGGUUCCUAAUUCCUCUGUUCUUAAUUCUGGACGGGCAACCAAUAGAAUGCUGAGGAAAUUAUGCAGUUUGACUUUGGAGGCUGGGUUACAAAAUGAUGAUGCUUUUGCCUUGUGAACCUGAACUGCCACGGCAAGAGUCCUACCAGCUUGAAGCCACUAUUCUGUGAGGAAGCCCAGGGUUUGGUCAGCAACCUCAGCUGAGAUCUCAGCAUCAACCACUGUCAUCUGAGUGAUGGCUCCAGGGGAUUCCAUCUCCCAGUUGUCAAGCCACCACCAGCCAUCAAAUCUUCCCAACUGAAGCCCUGGAUGUUACGGAGCAGAGUCAAGCCAUCCCCACAAUCACCUACCCAAAUUCCUGACCCAUAGAAUCUAUCACAUAAUAAAAUGGUUGUUUUAAACAGCUAAGUUUGGGGUGCUUUGUCACACUGGAGUAGUACUGGGAAUAGCACUUGAAGUGCUGAACCCACAAUUGGCUAAUGGUCCCACACCCACAGUGUAUGAGUUUGGGUCACACUCUUCCUUUAUGUCUUAAUGUAAUUCACUGUCAUUUCAUUUUUAAAUGCUCUCUUCUGUUUUCAAUAUGUUUUCGUGUUCUUACUCUGUGCCGGGCACUGUGCUGAGUUGAGGGAUGCAGACAUUAAAGACUUGCUCUGUUUGUUUUCUUAGGA